AUGGCCUCCGCCGACCCUUUUGACUCGGCCCUGGACCUCCUCCGCCGCCUCAACCCCAAGCACACGACGACACACCUGCAGUCGCUCAUCUCGCUCGCGCCCGACCUGACCGAGGACCUGCUGUCAUCCGUCGACCAGCCGCUGACCAUCCGCCGCUGCAAGCAGACCGGUCGCGACUACCUGCUGUGCGACUACAACCGGGACGGCGACAGCUACCGCUCGCCCUGGUCCAACGAGUUCGACCCGCCGCUGGACGGCGGUGUGGGCGGCGACGGCGGUGCCGGAGAUGGCGCCGGUGCCGCCGGCGUCCCCAGCGACAAGGUCCGCCGCAUGGAGAUCAAGGCCAACGAGGCCUUCGAUGUCUACCGCGAGCUGUACUACGAGGGCGGUGUGAGCAGUGUCUACUUCUGGAACCUGGACGAUGGCUUCGCAGGCGUUGUCCUAUUGAAGAAGGAGGCCAAGCCUGGUAGUGCAAGUGAAGGAUCUUGGGACUCUAUCCACGUUUUCGAGGCUAUCGACCGUGCCCGUGUCACCCAGUACAACCUUACUUCCACGGUUAUUCUGUCGCUCUCAGCGAGCGGAUCGGGUCUAGGAGACCUGGACCUGAGCGGCAACAUGACCAGACAGAUCGAGCAAGAGCUCCCCGCCGAGAACGAUGAGCAGCAAAUCGCCAACAUUGGCAAACUUGUGGAAGACAUGGAACUGAAGAUGCGAAACCUGCUGCAGGAGGUUUACUUUGGUAAGGCGAAGGAUGUGGUGGGUGACUUGAGAAGUGUGGGAACUCUUAGCGAUGCUGGCCGAGAUCGUCAGGCACAAAAGGACAUAAUUGGAAGCAUGUGGGCUAAAUAA